CUGACAUGUCGGAACGGCAUGUCCAAAUCUUCAAAUUCAGUCCUGAAAUCUUCACGGUUCACUUUUUCAUCGAGUAUUUCUAUCCAGCAACUGCAUCUUUCUUCUCACUAGUCAGAAUGUAAAACAAACCUUCUUCACUUGAAAGUAGCGGGCAUCGUUAUGUGAAUUCAGGGUAAUAUUUCCGCUUUUUGUUGGGUCAAAGUUGAGCCAUCUGUCUCAAAGCUGCAGAAAGACUGGCGGUUCGCUUGCACACUCCGGUAACGAUAUCGAUAUGCAGCGCAGAGGCAAUUCCAAGCUUAUAUGGAUACUCAAUAAACGUUAUGGACUUGUGGUCAUUGUCAUUUUAUUUCUUAUUGCUCUUCGACAAAUGUUCAGUUCUGAAAUUGAACUCGGAAAAACAAAAAAUGACCUGUCUGAACAUAACAAUGAUUACAUAGGAAGAAUUUCUGAAACCAAGAUAAAGAUUGAUAAAAAAGUUGAAGGGCGAUCUGGUUUGACCACAAAAGGUCGCCAGUUUUAUCUUGACGGGAAACGUUUUCGUAUAUUGGGUGGCGAAAUUCAUUAUUUCAGAUUCCCUCUUCAGUAUUGGAGACACAGGUUACUUCUACUAAAAGCAUGCGGCCUCAACACUGUGACCACAUAUAUACCAUGGAAUGCUCAUGAACCAAUAGAGGGAAAAUUUGAUUUUUCUAACAUGUUAGAUUUGGCAAAAUUCAUUGAAAUUGCUGAAGAGUUAGAGCUGUACGUUAUUCUUCGCAUUGGACCAUAUAUUUGUGCAGAAUGGGAAUGGGGUGGAUUACCAAGUUGGUUGCUUCGCGGGAGUGAAAUUAAAAUUCGAACGAGUGAAACGACAUUCAUCAAUCAUGUUCGAAAAUAUUUUGAUAAACUGCUGCCUAUUAUAAGACCAUAUCAAUAUACUCAUGGUGGUCCAGUUAUUGCAGUGCAAGUUGAGAAUGAGUAUGCUGCAUUCCCAAACUAUGAUCCUUUGUAUGUGAAGGAAUUAAAAGAUAUGGUUAUACAGAGAGGUAUUGAAGAAUUUUUAUUUGUGUGUGAUGAUAGAAGUGGUGUUCUUGAAUAUUAUGACAAGUUAGAUUACGGAGGAAUGAUGAGAUCCAUCAAUUUACAACAUAAACCUGCAGAAGUUAUGAGGCAAUUACGCAGUGUACAACGUAACUGGCCUUUAUUUGUGUCAGAGUAUUGGACAGGAUGGUUCAAUUGGUGGGGCGGACCCAAUCAUGAUCUGGGAGUGCCAUGGUUAAAUAGCCUUGAUGUCAGUACUUUUGAAAAUAAUACCAAACAGUUGUUAAACACUGGAGCUAGUAUCAAUAUGUAUGUAUUUGCAGGUGGAACAAAUUUUGGAUUCAUGAAUGGUGGAAUGAUUCAACCUGGAGAUAGAGGACAUGGGGAUAUAACGUCUGCAGAUAUAACAAGUUACGAUUACAAUGCACCUGUGACAGAAGAAGGAAAAGUAACAGAUAAAUAUUAUGUUACAAGAAAAUUAUUACAAAAUCUCUCUCCUGAUAGAAAAUUCAUAAAUCCUCCUCCAGAACCAGAGCUUGAAGAAUAUGCUUCUAUAAAAAUUGACAGCUAUGUUACACUUAACAACUUGUUGGAAGCUAUGAAUAAUUGGAUGUUCAAAUCCAAAAGUCCUAUUUCAAUGGAGAGUUUUCCGAUGAAAGUAGACAGGAACGAAGGCCAAGCUUAUGGAUAUGCUUUUUAUGAAUGUACUUUAACUGGAAAAUACCAGUUCAAACUGGAUAUUGCUGGAAAUAUCAGAGACCGUGCUCUGUUGUUUCUGGAUAAUGUUUAUCAAGAAACGAUUACUCCUGUGAUGGAUGAUGUAACAAUAAGAUCAAAAAGUGAUACAAAACACACUGUGAGUUUUAUGGUGGAAAAUCAAGGAAGAGUCAAUUGGGUUUCAAGGGAUAUGCCCGGUAUUAUGGAAAAACAAAAAAAGGGAAUAAUUGGUGACAUAAAAUGUAAUGAUGAGGUUUUGGAAAACUGGAAAAUUUGGCCCCUCGAAUUCGAUGCACAAUUUCUCCGAAAACUUGAUCAAUUAUCACGAGAUGGUUCUUUGUUAUGGCAUAAGAUGAAUUCCGAUUCGAACCAACAACUCACAGUCCCUGCUCUUCUAAUGACAACCCUCAAAUUGGGAAAACCCACCCCAAAGGACACUUUUCUUGAGCUUGAAGGCUUUGAAAAGGGACUGGUAAUUGUAAAUGGAAUCAAUAUAGGCCGAUACUGGAACUCUGCUGGCCCACAAAAACGGUUAUAUCUUCCUGGUGUAUGGCUGCAUGCAGGAGAUAAUGAUAUUUUAAUUUUUGAAGAGGCAAAGAUAGGAAAUUCUAUAUCUUUUCAUAAAAGUUGUGGAAUGGCACCAAGUCAGCUUAAAAAUAAAAAAGCCAAGUAAAAUGAAUGUGCAAUAUAGUUAAAACUUAUAGUUCACCAAUAUUCAUUGCUUUACAAUGCUGCUAAUGGUAUUUGCAUAUGUGUAAUUAUGGUAAUUAUAUUGGUAUAUUUUUGGUAGUACAUGAACAGUAUGACAGUGCAAUCUCAAUUUUUAUAAACUCUCCAAGUGACUCCAACUACUAAUUGACAACUAAAGUUUUGAUUGGAGUGCUACAAAUUUUAUAUCGGAGGUUUUCCAGAACGGAUCAUAUAUAUAAAUUACUUCAUAUUCAUUAUUUUAAAAUCAUUUCGGAAUAAUUUACAACAGUCCCAUUCAUUCCAAUUUGCUUCUGAGCAAUUGAAAGGUAAAACGUAUUUUGAUUCUGAUGGAGUGAUGUCUGUGAAAAAUUCAUGAAAUCACUGUUAAUCUUAACUUUCCUUUUCUGGAUUUAUAACUAUUGUAUAUAUUUUGACUCACAUGCUUUUUGUUGAUAUUUCGUAUCAAAUACUAUAAUUUAUAAUUUGAGUGAAAUAUUAUUUUAGAAUGUACUUAGAAUUGUCGAUCAUUUAUUUUAAAAAACCUUUAGGCUUCAAGCCGCAACUCAUGAUUCUGGCAUCCAAUUUGGUCUAAACUUUCUAGACUGAACUCGUACUGUAUUGCUUUGCUACUUUGUCUCUAUAUAAAAAAAUUAACGGUUUAAAACCAAAGCUAUAGUACAUCCAAAUUCUAGCUAGUACGUAAUGUCAGUUAUUUUUUCUUGUAGAAUGAAUUUCUCAUUUUAACUAUUUAUAAAUUUUAAAAAUAAUUUUUAGUAAUUAUGCUUAUUACUGAGGCAAGCCUGUUUCAAAAAGAGGUUCGUGAUGCUCUAUAGCUUUGUGCUAUCAUCACUGCGCAUGGGGGGCUUUUUGGUUUUGGCACUUGUUCGAGCAUUAAUUAAUUAACGCAACCACUUUAUGGGCUACCUAUUAUCAAUGUUAUUUUGGUGGGUUUGAGGUGACUUUGAUUAGUGGUACGAUUCAUUCAUGAAGGAAUUUUUUUUUUGACUUAAGUCAUAGAAAAGAUUUAUUAAAAGUCAUUCAUGGGGGUAGUUUGAUUUCUGACUAAUUAUAAGCGCUGGUCCAAAUAAGAGCGAACACGUACUACUUUUUUUAACAAUAGCUUUUCAUCUAAAAUCUGUAUGCUUCAAACCUUACUUGGAAGUUUUGUUUGCCAUCCCGAUUCUAUAAUCAGUUUUAUUUAUUUUGCUAUUAUCAAUUAUUUCAUCUUCAGUUAUGCUGAUUAUGGAGUCGAAAUGAAAGGCUAAAGUUAGAAAAGCUGUAUUCCCCAACUUAAGAUUUGAUCUUUUAUGCUCCUUGAUUUGGCGAAACCAUUGCUUGGAAGAAUUAAAAAGGAACUUGACACUGUUAUUUUGUAAGUGGGCUGUGUGAUAUUGAUGACUUAGUUUUAAGUUUGCUUUUCACUAACGAGCCUCAUCCUAACAUGUGAUUAUAUUAAUUCAAUGCAGUAUGUUACCGGUACUUUUAUUUGUUAUGAUACAGCAUGAAAAAGAGUCAUUGCCCAAAUAUAUUUGUAUUUUUAAUUAUUUUGCUCCAUCAUUAUAAAUCAAUUACAGACUGUUAUAGAUUUGAUAACAUAUAUAUUUCUCUUUGAAAUUAAAACUGGAAUAUUAUAAUUAUUUAUAAUCCUUACUUUAUUCUGGAAUGGUAAAAAAAUAUGUCCAUUC